AUGAAUGAUACAGAAAAUUCUAUUGAAUGCACAUUUCUGUCUUUUAAAGGUAUCUUUAUGCUCCUUCUGAGUCCAUAUCAUCAUUCCACUGUGGAAAAGAUUCCAUUGACUAAAGUGGGUCGAUGUAUUUACAGAGUGAGACACGAGGAAUCAGGUGUUGAAAGGUCCAUUGUCUGCCAAAUUGAUACUGUUGAAGGAAGCAAGAUGAUAACUAUACGUUCUCCUGUUCAGAUGAGGAAUCAUUUUUCAAUCCCGUUAAAUAUUUUUGAGGAAGGAAGAUGUUUAGGGACUGCUUCACCAGAAAAUGAAUUCAACAUACCAUUGUCCUCUUACAGAUCCAUACUGAGUUUGCAACCACUAGCCAAUGAAAAUGGAGUGGAUGGAGAAUUUGAUAUGUGUGAAGGAAUUACAUUUGAUGAAAUUAUGAAAAAUGUUGACAGUUUAUUACAAAGGAAAUGCCAGUCUGUGAAGUCAACUAACCACUCACUUAUCAUCAAUAUUGUUCCUGUAAAAGACACGUUGACAUCUUCAUUAUGUGCAGAAGAUCAAUGGGAUUUUCCAUAUGUUGUUCACUUAUGGCCGCCUGUUCUUCUCCGCAAUCUUCUUCCUUAUCAAAUAACUUACUCUGUAGAGGGAAAUGGGAACAAAUAUGACACUCUACAAGAAGGAUGUUCAGCCCAGAUUCAUAAUGCAGUCUUGGAUCAAACAAAACUAGAUUUACAGUUGCUUAACUAUCUUGAUCAAAACUGGAAAAGUGAGUACCAUAUAAAAAGCAAUCUACCAGAUAUCAGCUUCACGACAUUUUACUGCAUCACGGAGUUGGAUAAGACUGAACUGGAUAUUGCUGUCCAUGUGACCUACACAACUGGGCAGGUGGUUAUAGCAAUUCACAGUCCGUACUGGAUGGUAAAUAAAACCGGUCGAAUGUUGCAAUACAAAGCUGAUGGUAUUCACCGCAAGCAUCCUCCGGAUUACAAAAAGCCGCUCCUUUUUUCUUUCCAGCCCAAAAACUUCCUCCAAAAUAACAAGGUGCAGCUUAUGGUAACUGACAGUGAACUGUCUGAUCAGUUUUCACUGGACACUGUUGGAAGUCAUGGUUCUGUGAAAUGCAAGAGUCAUAAAAAGGAAUAUCAAGUCGGUGUCACCAUAAACAACAGCAGUUUUAAUAUUACUAGAAUUGUAACUUUCACUCCAUUUUUUAUGAUCUCAAAUAGAAGCAAAUACACUUUGGAAGUAGCUGAAGAGGGCAAGGAAAAGUGGAUUCCUAUUGUUUUGCAACAGUGCAUUCCCUUUUGGCCUGAAAAUGAUGCCAACAAACUGCUUGUUAGAGUUGAAAAUUCUGAUCUCCCUCCAAAGAAGAUAAAUUUUGAUAAGCAAGAAAACUGUCUGCUACUGCAUUUGGACAACAAGCUUGGAGGAAUUACAGUGGAUGUUAACCUGACUGAACAUUCUACAGUGAUUACCUUUUCUAAUUACCAUGAUGGUGCAGCUCCAUUUCUGUUGAUAAACCAUACUAAGGAGGAAAUUAUUGAGUAUGGGCAAAGCUCCCUCAGUGAAUUGGAAGACUAUCUUCAGCCAAAUAAGGCAGUACUGUAUACUUGGGCGGACCCAGCAGGAUCUAGAAAAUUGAAAUGGAAAUGUGGAAAUAGAACUGAGGAAAUUACCCCAAAAGAGGACAAAAUGGAAAUACUCAGCCUGGAUUGUAGAAAAGUGGUCUAUUUAGUGUCAUUUUUUGAAGGUUUGCAGCGUAUUGUCCUGAUCACUGAAGAUGAGAAUGUAUUUCAAUUGACAUAUGAAAGUGUAAAAGCAGAACUAGCAGAACAAGAAAUUGUUCUGUCAUUGCAAGAUGUUGGAAUUUCGUUGGUUAAUAAUUAUACAAAACAAGAGGUAUCCUACAUUGGGAUUACAAGUUCUGAUGUGGUUUGGGAGACAAAACCCAAGAAGAAGUCAAGAUGGAGACCAAUGAGUGUUAAGCAGACUGAUAAAUUAGAACAAGAAUUCAAAGAUUACAGUGAGUUAACUCCUUCAGAAAAUAAGAUCAUUGAGUUGGAAUCAAAUGUUUUGGUGUGUUUAACUCCUAACGGAAUGAACAUGAAAAUUCAACAACCAAAUGAGAUUCCUAUAAGAAGGAAUUAUCUGCCAGCUUUAAAAGUAGAAUACAGUUCAUCUGCACAUCAGAAGUCUUUCAGAAUUCAAAUUUACAGGAUACAGAUACAAAACCAGAUUCCUGGAGCCAUAUUUCCCUUUGUGUUCUAUCCUAUUAAACCUCCAAAGUCCAUCACCUUGGAUUCAGCACCAAAACCAUUUACUGAUGUCAGUAUUGUCAUGAGAACUGCAGGACAUUCACAAAUAUCUCAUAUUAAGUAUUUCAAGGUCCUGAUUCAAGAGAUGGAUCUCAGAUUAGAUCUUGGCUUCCUGUAUGCACUAGUUGAAUUCUUUACACAGACUGAUGUGCCGAGUGACCAAGAGCUAGAACUUUUCAAAAAGGAUGUGGAAUCUCUUCAAGAAGAACUGAUGAGUGUGUCAUCAAUGGAUACGUCACAAAUCAGCUUGUAUGAAUACUUUCAUAUCUCUCCAAUUAAGUUACACUUAAGCUUUUCACUCAGUACGGGUGGAGAAGAUAGUAACAAAGAAGAAAGAAAGAAUGAAUUGAUACCACUUCAGUCUUUGAAUCUCCUUCUGAAGAGUAUAGGGGCCACCCUCACAGAUGUACAAGAUGUUGUCUUUAAGUUGGCAUUCUUUGAACUCAACUAUCACUUCUGUACUACACAACAGCUCCAAUCAGCAGUUGUAAGGCAUUAUUCAAAACAGGCUAUUAAACAGAUGUAUGUUCUUAUUCUUGGUCUUGAUGUCUUGGGUAAUCCAUUUGGAUUCAUAAGAGGCUUGUCUGAAGGAGUAGAAGCAUUCUUCUAUGAACCUUACCAGGGAGCCAUCCAGGGUCCUGAAGAAUUUAUAGAAGGAAUGGCACUAGGGCUUAAAGCACUAGUAGGGGGAGCUGUUGGUGGAUUAGCUGGUGCUGCAUCAAGAAUCACUGGUGCUAUGGCAAAAGGAGUAGCUGCGAUAACAAUGGAUGAGGAUUACCAGCAGAAAAGGAGAGAAGCCAUGAAUAAACAGCCCACUGGUCUGAGAGAGGGUAUCACUCGUGGCGGAAAAGGACUAGUUUCUGGUUUUGUCAGUGGCAUAACAGGAAUAGUUACAAAACCAAUAAGAGGAGCUCAGAAAGAAGGAGCAGCUGGCUUUUUCAAAGGUGUUGGAAAAGGCUUAGUGGGAGCAGUAGCUAGGCCUACUGGAGGAAUCAUAGACAUGGCAAGCAGCACAUUUCAGGGUAUUAAAAAAGUUGCAGAUUCAUCAGAAGAUGUGAUAAGCCUGCGCCCACCUCGCUUCUUUGGUGAAGAUGGAGUUAUUAGACCUUACAGAUUAAGAGAUGGAACCGGAAGUCAAAUGUUACAGAAAAUUGAAAACGGAAGAUUUGCAAAACUCAGAUAUAUUGCACAUGCUAUGGUCAACAGUACAGACCUGUUAAUGGUAACAAAAAGUGGUGUGUUAUUUGUGACAAAAGGGACAUUUGGACAGCUGACAUGUGAAUGGCAAUACAGUUAUGAUGAAUUUACCAAAGAACCAUUCAUUGUUGAUGGCAGAAGAUUACGUAUUGAAGCCAAGGAACGAGUAAAGUCUGUGUUCCAUGCCAAAGAAUUUGGAAAAAUUAUUAAUUUUAAAAGUCCAGAGGAUGCUAAGUGGAUCCUUUCUAAACUGGAAGAAGUGAGAGAGAAUCAGCCAAAAUUGUAA